AUGACCGUUGUGGCCUUUUUUGGCAUAGUUCCGCUUAUGUUAGUCAGUCUUGUAUCAACCAAAACUACACAAUUUGACGAUUUGAACCUUUCAACUGCAUCUGAAGAGGAACUGCAACAUAUUCUGGCAUAUUUUACUACUCAGAUAGAAAUAGUUGAAAAAGCAAUUGGUAGUGCAAGGAGGAAGCGUGCUUCUCCUAUAUCGGCUUCUCUUCCGAAUAUAGAGUCGGCUUACUUCCUAAAUCGAAUAGGAGCCCUGAAAAAAUCCUUGGCUAGUCGAAACGAGACGAAGAUAAGCGAAUCACUGGAUACACCACCGAAGUCGAAGUACGAAAGCCACUUUGCGCCAGUCCUCCGUCUUAACGACACUAUCCAAGACUGUAAACGUUUGACACAACCGGAACUUGUUGCUGAAUUGAAACAAAGAGGUACAUACAAUCCAGAAUUGAUGGCUUGGGAUGCUUUAGGAGUGAUACGAUUUCUUGACAGAACAAUACACGAUCACUACCAACGGCAACCUCCACGUAACCGACAACGAGAGGAGGCAUUCUCGCGUAAUGUAGAAGCACUUGCGAAUUUGUUGAAGGAGCUCAACGUUACUUGCGACUUAAGGUCGCCUUCCAUUCUACAAAAACUACAAAACGCAACUUUCGGUGAACCACGCCGAAGUAUUAUUUCGCCAUCUCUUCGUCGUUCGAAGAGAAAAGAUGAAGUAGAAGGAAUCCUUCGCGCUCUUAACGCUACUAUAGAAAUACCGCAGCGUGCUCAGGAUCAACCUCUAACUUUAGAGGACGACAAUUUAACGCCGCGACAAAAACUUAUAGGUGAAUCGCAUAUAGUACCUUUCGGAUGCGAUAAACGAGGAGCCGAAGAAGACGGUUAUCUACGACUUUGUGGAGCAUGCCAGGCUAUACGACAUUUGCCGGACACGUUUUUUCCUCCCUUCAUUAAUGAAGUGACUUGUGAUAGCGAUAAAGCUUGUCUUUACUUCUAUGAUUACCCUCAUGGAAAAUGUCGACAAAAGCAUAUGAAUUUUGUUGUUUUACGAAAUGUUGGAACAAAUGAUUGUCAAAUUUGGAAGAAAUUUAAUCUAAAUGUUCGAGUAUCGUGCGAAUGUUUUGUUGAUGAGAUGUCGUUCUUUGCGAAGUACGUGUGA